GAAACCCAUGGUAUCACAGAUUUAGAUGUACAGCAGUGCACGCUGCACAUCAGAGAACAGAGCUCCUCUGGGAAAUAAUCUGCAUCCUUGUGAACAAUGGAGGAAAUUUAUGAAAAUGUUGAACAAGUCAAAUCCUACAAAUCACAACUUUCAACAAAUCACACAGGUCCAACGAGCUCUGAGAAGAGUUCAUAUUUAGGUGUUACUAUCUUUCUGGGACUGCUCAGUGUUUUCCUGUUGGUUGGAACCAUCACCCUUGGUGUCCUCUAUCGCUACUCAGCUGCAGAGUUCUCCUCCGUGACUGAGGAGAGAGACCUGUUGAACACUAACCUGACUGAAAUGACUGAGGAGAGAGACCUGCUGAAAACCAACCUGACUAAAAUUAUUAAAACGAUGAACACACUUCGGAAUUUGCUCAAACAGAGGAAAACAUGUCCUAAAGGAUGGAAAAUGUUCAGUUGUACCUGUCAUUUCCUCUCUGAAGCAUCUGGUUCCUGGUAUGAAGGCAGACAGGACUGUAAAAACAGAGGAGCAGAUCUGGUGGUGAUCGACAGCCCUGAAGAACAGAAGUCAAUCUCUGUCUUCAUCAAGAAAGAUACUUGGAUUGGUUUGAAUGACAUAGAAAAGGAAGGGACCUGGAAAUGGAUUGAUGGGACUCCAAUGACUCUGAAAGAGAGUAACUUUGAAAUGGAAUCAGACCCCAGCGAAUCAGGUGAGGAGGAGAUGGAAGAGGAUGCAGGUCCAGUGGACAAACAGAAUCAGACACCCAUCAACUCCCUAGCUGAUCAUGAGGAGGACAUUGAGAAUAAUACCACAAAGACCUAUCACUGCCCUGAGGAGGUUAUGUUCCUGGAGCAACAAGGACCAGCGCAUGAGGCGCUGAUUGCUAUUCGCAUCCUAUUCAGGAACACGAGCGAUUGUGUGCAGUUGGUGCUUUUUGAGCUUUUUGGAAAAGUAGGAUAUGGGAUGGUCAAUGCCACGCCCAUCUUCCUGGAGAAGCACUGCACCGACGCCAAGUGCACUGGCAUCCACCUCCAGUUUAAAGGGAUGCCCGAAAUCUGGGGCGGCAAGUACAGGCGCACUACAGAGGAGAGCUUUAGCGGCCUCAAAAGAAAACUGACAUUCCUCUGA